GAAACACGCAUUUAUUUAGGGUGUGGUGUAUUAUAAAAUUGUAUGAUAGCCAUUCUCAUAUAUGUUUUUCAUUUGUAACAGAAAUGUAUCAAUGUGUUCGUAUAUUAUGGUGUAUCACUUUCAUUUUAACAGUAAUUAUUUCAAUCGACGCUGCAGCAAUCAUACUGCAUAAAAACCAUGAAAUGACAUUUUUCGAGAAGUUACGACUUUACUUCAGAUGCCUUGUGAAAGUAUUAUGUCAUCUGUUACGUUUGGGUUAUAUUGGUCCGCUAUCGGAUCACUAUGCCUAUUGAAAGGCUUUCUUCAAAAGUAGUAAAUAUGUUACUAUUUUAAACGUAAUAUUGGUGAAUAGCAUAAAUCACCAUGAACAGAUUAUCAUGGGUUUUACAUUUUAAAAUAUUUUCAUUAUUUGUUGUAAACAUUAUGUUUACUUGAAGUAAUAUUAUGGGACCAUAAUAUGUAUUACAGUUAGAUGUUGAUUUUCAUUUCCUUCACAUGACUUACCUAAUGACAUAAAUUGAUUUAAUAUGGAAUGGGAAACUAUUUUUAUUUAUCAUUUUGAUAGUUUUAAUGUUAAACCUAUUAUUAUGAGAUCAAAAGGUCUUGUGUGUGUGUGUUUUUGAUUGUUGGUAAAUUUUUGCUGCUCACUGUAGAGGAGGCCUGUAUCAGAAUGAAAUAACACAUAACUAUUGUGUUUGGAAGUCCCCUCAUAUAAAACCUGUCAAGUAUAUAAUAAGUCAGUUAACUGCUUACUAAUAUCAAUAAAUAGUUGUCAAGUUCCGUCAAAAACUUAGUAUAAUUUAUCAGUGAUGACUACUGAGUUGAUGUUAAAAUUGACUAAACGGUUUCAAGUUCGAUAUAAAGCAUAAGAGUCAUUGGGUUCAUCCUUAAGAGUAGUCGU